AGCUUCUGCGCCGCCCGCACGCGCGACCUACCUGGGCGCCCCGCGCCCCCAGAUGCUGCAGGAUGGACAUAAUCUACCAGAGGACUUUGGGGACUGGAGGGAACAGGAAGACAAGGCACCCUACCCACCCCCCACCAACCUCGGGGUUUGUGGCAUGUUGGGGGAUGGGGGGAACCUGCGAUUUGUGGUCCUUCCCUCUCUCCGUAGGGGCUGGAAUGCCGAGGGCAAUCCCCUGGCGUUGACAGGCUGGGAGUGUGGGGCAGCCAGCUGGUGUAGCUUCCCAAGCCUGGGCUCUUCUGACCAACCCUGAUAGAGACAAGAUCGGACCAGGUUAUUCAACGAUAGUUAUGACCUCCCGGUUACGUGCGUUCGGUGGAAGAAUUAAUAACAUACGCACCUCAGAAUUACCCAAAGAGAAAACUCGAGCCGAAGUCAUCUGCAGCGUCUGCUUUCUAGAUGGCUUGGUACAGACCUUUAAAGUUAAUAAACAAGAUACUGGUCAAGUCCUCCUGGAUAUGGCUUACAACUACUUAGGCGUGACGGAAAAGGAGUAUUUUGGUUUGCAGCACGGUGAUGACUCAGUGGACCCUCCUAGAUGGCUUGAAGCAAGCAAACCCAUCAGGAAGCAGUUAAAAGGAGGUAUCCCCUGUACCCUGCAUUUUCGAGUAAGAUUUUUUAUACCUGAUCCCAACACACUGCAGCAAGAACAAACCAGGCAUUUGUAUUUCUUACAACUGAAGAUGGAUAUUUGUGAAGGAAGGUUAACCUGCCCUCUUAACUCAGCGGUGGUUCUAGCAUCCUAUGCAGUACAGUCUCAUUUUGGAGACCAUGAUUCUUCCAUUCAUCCUCCGGGCUAUCUUUCUGAUAGUCAGUUCAUACCGGAUCAGAAUGAGGACUUUUUAGCGAAGGUGGAGGCGCUCCAUGAGCAGCACAGUGGGCUGAAGCAGUCAGAAGCGGAAUCUUGCUUUAUCAACAUAGCCCGGACCCUCGACUUCUAUGGAGUGGAGCUGCACAGUGGUAGGGAUCUGCACAGUUUAGAUCUAAUGAUUGGAAUUGCUUCUGUGGGCAUCGCUGUGUACCGAAAAUAUAUUUGCACAAGUUUCUAUCCUUGGGUGAACAUUCUAAAAAUUUCUUUCAAAAGGAAGAAAUUCUUUAUACAUCAGCGACAAAAACAGACUGAAUCCAGGGAACACAUAGUGGCCUUCAACAUGUUAAAUUACCGAUCUUGCAAAAACUUAUGGAAAUCCUGUGUCGAGCACCAUACAUUCUUUCAGGCAAAGAAGCUACUACCUCAGGAAAAGAAUGUUCUGUCUCAGUACUGGACUCUGGGCUCUAGGAACCCCAAAAAGUCUGUAAAUAACCAGUAUUGCAAAAAAGUGAUCGGAGGGAUGGUCUGGAACCCGGCCAUACAGAGAUCUUUAUCCGUGGAACAUUUAGAAACCAAGAGUCUACCGUCUCGGUCUCCUCCUAUUACUCCCAACUGGCGAAGUCCUCGACUCCGGCACGAAAUCCGAAAGCCACGACACUCUUCCGCAGACAACCUUGUGAACGAAAUGACGUACAUCACUGAAACGGAAGACGUGUUUUACACCUACAAGGGCUCCAUGUCCCCUAAAGACAGCGAUUCUGAGAUUUCUCACAACCGAAGCCCACACCGAGAAGAAAUGAACUCUGUCCUGGCUUUUGUUUCCGAUGACUACCGCAUUUACAGUUCUGAAGCGUCGGCUUCUGAGGGCGAGCACCCGUUUGUCUGCCGGAGUAUAUCCGAGAACAACCCAGCACAAAGCUGCCUGACCCAGAAGUCAUCCAGUUCUGUGUCUCCAUCUUCAAAUGCUCCAGGCUCCUGUUCCCCAGAUGGCGUCGAUCAGCAGUUCUUAGAGGACUUCCACAGGGUGACCAAAGGGGGCUCCACCGAGGACUCCAGCCAGUACUACUGUGACAAGAAUGAUGGUGACGGCUACUUAGUCUUGAUCCGCAUCACACCAGAUGAAGAUGGAAAAUUUGGAUUUAAUCUAAAGGGAGGAGUGGAUCAAAAGAUGCCUCUUGUGGUAUCAAGGAUAAACCCAGAGUCACCUGCGGACACCUGCAUUCCUAAGCUGAACGAAGGGGAUCAAAUUGUGCUAAUCAACGGCCGGGACAUCUCAGAACACACCCAUGACCAAGUGGUGAUGUUCAUCAAAGCCAGCCGGGAGUCGCACACACGGGAGCUGGCCCUGGUGAUCAGGAGGAAAGCUGUCCACUCGUUUGCUGACAUCAAAUCUGAAGAUGAUCUGAACCAGCUUUUCCCAGAGGCCAUUUUCCCCGUGUGUCCGGAGGGUGGAGGCACGCUGGAGGGAUCCAUGGAACAGCUAAAGAAGGGCCUCGAAAGCGGGACGGUGCUGAUCCAGUUUGAGCAACUCUACAGAAAGAAGCCCGGUUUGGCCAUCACAUUUGCAAAGCUGCCUCAAAAUUUGGACAAAAACCGAUAUAAAGAUGUAUUGCCUUAUGACACCACCCGGGUAUUAUUGCAGAGAAACGAAGAUUAUAUUAAUGCGAGUUACGUGAACAUGGAAAUUCCUGCUGCUAACCUUGUGAACAAGUACAUUGCCGCUCAGGGACCCCUGCCACAUACCUGUGCACAAUUUUGGCAGGUAGUCUGGGAUCAGAAGUUGUCACUCAUCGUCAUGUUGACCACUCUCACAGAGCGAGGGCGGACCAAAUGCCACCAGUACUGGCCCUACCCUCCCGAGGUCAUGGAACACGGCAGCUUUCACAUCCGCUGUCAGUCGGAGGACUGCACCAUCGCUUACGUGUUCCGUGAAAUGCUGGUCACGAACACCGAGACCGGAGAGGAGCACACUGUGACGCAUCUCCAGUACGUGGCAUGGCCAGACCACGGCGUUCCCGAUGACUCCUCAGACUUUCUGGAAUUUGUAAACUAUGUGAGGUCCCUGAGAGUGGAAGGUGAACCCGUCCUAGUUCACUGCAGUGCUGGGAUAGGUCGAACCGGUGUGUUGGUCACCAUGGAAACAUCCAUGUGCCUGAUCGAGAGGAACCUGCCCGUUUACCCACUGGAUAUUGUUCGGAAAAUGCGAGACCAGCGCGCCAUGAUGGUGCAGACAUCAAGCCAGUACAAGUUUGUGUGUGAAGCGAUCCUUCGUGUUUAUGAAGAAGGCUUAGUCCAAAUGCUGGAUCCCAGUUAAGAUGACUGUGAAGACGUUCAUUCCUCUUUCCCAAGGGCGUCCUCCUUCUCUCUGGAAACAGCAGGAGGAAUUUGUAGGCUGUGGGAAAGGAAUGAGCAUAUUUGAACCCAAGCACUUUAAAUUUCUAUUAAAAGAAAAAGGUAUCGUGUACAUAGGAACUGUGUAGAUAACGCAUGCGGUUAUAGCAUCAUUUAGGCCCGCACCUCCUCCGGAGAGGUAAGCAGAAGGGGAUCUCAGUUUGGGGCCUGUCCUAAUGCCUCCCUCCUUCUCCGUCUCCAUAUUCCUGUAAACCAUCCUUGGGCAAUUGAGAGGGGACGCCAGCAACCCUGUUGACCUCCCAGAAACGAGAUGGUGUGGCUGUUCAGAGUUGCUUGGAUGAGUUGUGUGUAUAUGUGUAUAGGACUAAGGGCUGAGCUUUCCGUGUGUCUGGGCGGAGCUGGAACAGUCAGCAUUCACCUGCCCUGAUGCUAACGAGAAACCCCAUGAAUGUACUGAACAGCAGGGGGUGGGGUGUCAGGCCUAGGGGCAAGCGGUGCCUUUUCUGCCCUCCCUUCCUUGGUCCCAUCUCCCUGCCACUUCCAAUAUUCACGUUUCUGAGACUCGUGUCCAAAUGCCCUGCCUUCUCCCUGCAUUAGCGACCCUCCUCAGGUUCACACCAGCGCCUGAACCGGGCAGCGCAGGUUUCGGGUGAGUUUUCAGUUGAGACUCUGAGAACAAGGACUCCCAGUGUCCCACGUGUUCGUUUUUGGAGCAGGUGCCUGUUGCCUCUGCUUUCCUCUUGCUGUACCCUCAGCACCCAGGACUGGAACCAUCCACUACUGAAUCUAAGACAUGGAUUGCUGCUACUUCGAGCUAUUACACUUGAAACGUUACAAUUUUCCUGAGGGGAGAUGGGAUGUCACCUAAAUAUUCAGAAUCUUUGGCCCUUCUGAGAAAAGAUCUAGUCGUUGAGCCAUGGGAAACCCAGCUUCUAGAGGGUUGCCUGUGGAGGUGUGUGUGUGUCUGUGUGUUGUGUGUGCUCCCACGGGUGAGUGUUUCUUGGGAUUCCUAACUUGAUUCAAAUUACAGUUGAGUUUAUAUAAAGAAUGAGUCUCUGUAUAGAAGAACAAAUGUGUGCAUUCACUCUUAGUUACAAUGGUCUUCGUUUCAUUUCAAAGGAGAGGAUCAGACUAUCUGAAUAUAAACACAAUUUGAUGUUAAUUUAUUCUAAGUACACCAUGAUUUUGAUUGUCCUAAAGAAUUCUGCCUUUGUUAAUACUAUGUUAAUUUUUUUUUAAAUUUGUGACAGGAUUGUAGCAAAUUAUUAUUUAAGGAAAAUAAAUUACGUAAACAUUCUAAA